AUGGAAUGUGAUACAAAAUAUCUAAAUCAAAUACUUCGAUGUUUAUUCGGAGAACAUUCACUUCAAGGAGAUGAUGAUUAUAAUCAUAAUGAACAUACUAAUGAUGAUCAAUGUAAAAUGGAACCAAUGGAAGUGUCUAACAUGACUGAUGUAGCAACAUCUGCAGAAGCAGCAGUACAUUGUGAAAAUCAAGAAAAUCAACGAUAUUGUCUGAUAAUAUUUAAUAAUCCAAGAUGGUCUCGAAUUUUACACAAAGGAUCAACAAACAUUCCAAAACAGAAUAUGGAACAACAACAAAAACAAUUGAUAUCAGAGCAAUCACAAGGAAAUUUUCACGGAACAUUCAACCCAACAGUUCAAUCUUCCGUCAAAACUGAAAAUAACGAUACAUCUUUGGAUGAUGUUUUUGUUAAGGAAUUAAAAAAACUUAUCACAGAUUAUAUACAACGUACAACACGACCUUUGCCACUCAAAUAUUUUCUUGAUUUCACAGAACAGUAA